UCAGUUUCAGCCAGUCAAGAGUUGACCUGACCAAGGUCUGGCCAAACCCUGUCUUCAAUCUGUUUUUUUUUUUUUUCCAAAAGGUCAGAGGAAACAUCUUCUUCUCUUGUCAGGGUUUAACAUUAGCCACACAAUCACUCCUCUCUUUCUAACAACUUCCAAUCGAGGUAUUUUCAAAAGUUUUUAAAGGAAAAUCCCAGAGAGUUUAGGACAGCCCCUGUCUUGGACCAAGCUCAAUCCAAAGACUGCUCAAAAUCUCCUCAGAGCUCAGAACUUCAGUUGGAAACCCUGGCCUGAGAAUUCCAACAGAUUUUUAUCUCUCAUUCUAAACUGGUUUAAGAUCAUUUGACAGAAUUUUUCUCUCCUGCCACUUAACUUAUCAGAAAACUAUUCCAAAUCCUAUUCAAUAAUAUUCCCAAUAAUCUACAUGUAAAAAUAAAAUUUAAAUCACAUUUUAAAAAAGAAUUAUUGAGAAGGGAAGAAUGUCUUUGCCAGGAACACCCCAUGGUCAGCAUGGUCCAUAGCAUCAUGAAGAGCUGGAUAUGACUUAAUGACUGAACAAAGGCUGAAUAGUUGCAUUGAUCCUAUGGAUCCUGGUAUCACAUUGAGCUGUAUUAGGAAACCUAUGGAAUACAUGCAGGAGGGAGCUGUUUCCUUUCACCUCUCCACAUCCACCCCUCUGUACAGCAGCCCAAUGGAAGAGCUUCCCUCAUCCACUGUCUGGGGGUGUGAAGGUAUAAAAUGUGAAGUAGAUAUAUACUACUGCUUAUUAUACAUGGCAAGUUGUAUGGCAAGAUUUUUGUGUGUAGAGAAACCACAUGAAACUACUAACAAAUGUUGGCUCUCUUGUCCGGAGAGUAUUGAGUGUGCAAAGGUAGAGUGUUACUACGCUGAGGAGCACAACAAUAGCUACCACAGUUUAUGUGCUGCUGGAUGGACUUGCAAAACCUUCCUAUUGAAUAUUAAUGGUUGCGAAGAAAAUGGAUACCAGCAUGGAGCUAUCUGUGAAGAUGGAAUUAAUGAAUACAGGUGUGGGUGUCUUCAAGGAGGUGAUGGAUUCUUCUGCGGAAUAAAGACAAAUAUGUGUGUGUCUGAGACCUGUAAAAAUGGAGCUACCUACAUGUGUUUAAAUGACCAUGUCUUCUGGCAGUGUGACACUGGAUUUAUAGGCAUCCUUUGUGAAAUCAAUAUAAAUGAAUGUCAUCUGUCACCAUGCUUCAUUGAUUCGACUUGUACAGACCUCAUCAAGAGAUACAAAUGCCACUGUCCUCAUGGAUACACUGGUUCUUACUGUGAAUUUGGACCUUGUGAAGCUAGCAAUCCCUGUGAAAAUGGAGCUGUGUGUGUAGAGGAAAUGGAUUUGGACAACUUUCCCCUUGGAUUCAAGUGCCAGUGUGUGAAAGGAUUUGCAGGUCCACAAUGUGAGAUCAAUAUCAACGAGUGCAGCUCUAACCCUUGCCUAAAUGGAUAUUGCUAUGACAUUGUUGAUGGAUUCUCCUGUUUAUGUAAUCCAGGAUAUGCUGGACUACGAUGUGAACAGACUAUUGAUGACUGCAUUACACAUGCUUGUGAAAACAAUUCUACCUGCCAAGAUCUACAUCUCAACUACAAGUGCAUCUGUCUGCCUGGUUGGGAAGGAACAUUUUGUGAUCGUGAAACCAAUGAGUGCAGUAUUGAGCCUUGUGAGAACAAUUCCACCUGUAUCGAUCUUUUCAAUGGAUACCAAUGUGGUUGUACCCCUGGAUGGACUGGACAAAAUUGUAGUGAAGAAAUUAAUGAAUGUGAUGCCAGCCCAUGCAAGAAUGGAGCAAUAUGUCAGGAGUCCACAGUCCCAGGGCAAUUUGUAUGUCUUUGCCCUCCUUUUUUUACUGGCUUCUUUUGCCAACAAAUAUAUAAUCCUUGUGAUAUGGCCUACAACCUUUGUAUAAACAACUCAACAUGUUUGAUUACAGUUGAUGGAAAUAGCAAUUGUGUCUGCCCAAAAGGAUUUGAAGGGGUAUACUGUGAAACUGACACCAAUGAAUGCAUUUCUUUUCCAUGCCAAAACCAUGGGCAUUGUAUGGAUGGAGUCAACAGUUACAGAUGCACUUGCAGCCCUGGAUUUUCUGGAUCCCAAUGUGAAAUUGAAAUUAAUGAGUGCUACUCUACCCCAUGCAAAAAUAAUGGAACAUGUGUGGAUCUUAUAAACAGAUUUUUAUGCACAUGUCCUCCUGGGUACAAUGGAUCCUUCUGUGAGUUGGAAAUAAUUAAAUGUCAAAGUUUACUUUGCCUAAAUGGUGGGAGUUGUAAAAAACACCUUGGAGACUACUAUUGUCUUUGUGCUCCUGGAUUUACAGGCACAAAAUGUGAAGUAAAUAUAAAUGAAUGUUUAUCAGAACCAUGCCUCAAUGAUGGAAUAUGUGCUGAUGGCAUCAGCUAUUACACAUGCUACUGCAAGGAUGGGUUCAUUGGCACUCACUGUGAAACUAAUGCAGAUGCCUGUUUGUCGGAUCCUUGUCUCCAUGGAAGAUGUAUAGAUUUCAUUGAUGGAUAUGAAUGUUCUUGUGAAGCUGGAUGGACAAGCUCAAGAUGUGAGAUCAAUAUAAAUGACUGUGCCUCAGCUCACUGUAUAAAUGGUGGCUCUUGUAAAGAUUUGGUCAAUGGAUUUGUUUGUGUCUGCCCAAGUGGAUUCACUGGUAAAUCCUGUGAAGAGGAUAUUGAUGUUUGUGAGGAUCCUGCAAUGAACUUAGCCUAUUGUUUGAAUGAAGGAAUAUGUGUUGAUGGACCUGGACACAAUUUCUCUUGCAGGUCAGUUUGUUUAUUUAUCUUUGAUAUAGAAAAUAUGCAUUUUAUUCUUAAAGAUCAGAGUGUGGGGAGCUGCAAUGCUGAGAAAAUCUCAGAAAAAUAUACAUGAUAUAAUAUUUUGAAAAAUAAAGUAUGACUAUAAAUCUGUAUAUAUUAUUAUGCUAUGCA